AUGAAACACCGCCACGCAUCUUACAGUAAAAUGGGGGAGACUGCUGGUGGGGGAUCAGCCAAAAAAGCUUUUAAAUCACAAGAUCAACAAGGGCCUUCCAGCAAGAAAAAAAGAACAGAUGGAGAAGGAAGAAAACAAGGUCAAAAAAGAAAGCAGGUCACUCAGACAGUCAAAAGGAAAGCUAAGGAACAUGGGGACUGCGCCCCGGCAGGAGAAAAAUGUUCUUCAAAAAAGGUGAAAGUAACCAGUGCUAAAAUAGGAUCUUGGCAGACUCUCUCAGAGGGCAAUAGGCAGUUUCUGGAAACUGUAAUGGAGUCAGUAAUACUAUCGGUUUUAUGCCAACAAAAUGAAAGAAAAAAUGAUGUUCAGAGACACCUCAAUUUACUGAAAGAAAGGGUGCUGAGAUUUUUCAAGACUUUAAAGGUGCCUCCGGAGAAACUGGGCAACCUGAAGAAUGUCCCGAGCCUUCAAAUGGCAGAAAAACAAAUGCUUGAGACAAAUGAGGAGUCUUUGGUGCAAUUGCAGGAAGAAAUAAAUGAAGCUAAGCGAUCAGCAGAACGCAUUGAAGAUACUAUACAGCAACUGCAGUACAAAAUCCACAUGCUCAAGAACCAAUUAGAGGAAGAUGAAAAAAAGGCCAGGAAGGUGUUCCAGGAAAAUGGCAGUGGAGCACUCCACCUCCCAGAACUCCCCAAGCGCAGUUUACAGGCACCCACUUUGCAGGAAGAAAUUUUGAAGAUGGAAAAUCAGAAAGGUCUUUUAAAGGAUAUGAACACUAUUCAGCAGUCAGCUGACUUGAAGAACAUGUUAACCCUCAUUGAAAAGACCUAUGAGAAGGUGGACUUCCUUUGA